AUGGGAAAGAAGAAGAAGAAAACUAAGACAAUGCCAAAUCCAAUGGACUGUAUACCGAAAUAUUCUCAACACCCAAGAAGCUCACCACCCAAACGCCGCACAGAUUUCUCUGUUUUUAGAUGCACUCCCUCAUUGUUCAAUAAAGAUUCCUCGUCAGAUACACAUUCUGGAGUCCUUAGAUUGUCCAAAUUCACUACAAACAAAUUACAUGAGAGGGAAAUGGAAGGAAAACAAUUUUCUGAUGGUAAACUGGUCCGAUGUAGCUAUUCCCUUGAGCAUAGAUCAGUGUGUUCAUCUGAAUAUUCUGAUGUUCUGGGUAAGGAAGCUGAUUCAUCUGUCCAAGAUGAACGUCUCAAGCCUGGAAGCAAUAGGGAUGCUAGUAAUGAAAAAACUAACCCAGAUGUAUAUCCUGUUAAUGGCAGCAAUUCUCUUUUAAUUCCUGGAAGGGUAGUAUGGGCUAGAACAGAUAAUCAAAUGUGGUGGCCUGCUGAGACCAAUUUGAUCAUUGAAGAAGGAUCCGCAUUGUCUCAGCCAGCCUCUGAUGGACGUAUUUUAGUGCAGUUUUAUGGAAAUCGCUCAAGUGCUUGGAUUAAUCCAAUGACAGAUAUUUCUCCAUUUGAGAAUUCUUUUGAAGAAAGGAGCGCCAACUCUUCUAGAGAUUUUCACAAGGCUCUAAAACAAGCCUUAAAGAGGAAGGAACAAGUUAAUUCUUACUUGAGUUCUGAUAGGCAUUCUCCCUGCAAUCAGCAAAAUCAUUCAUGUGAUAAAUGGACUUCAUGCACCUCAAGUACCACAAUGGAUGAUUUUGUAUUGAGGGGAAGGGGCAAAAGGGAACGUAAACGCAAAGUUCAUUUUGAUGAGGUGACAUUUCCACUGAAAUCACAAAAAAAGUCUCGUCGGUUGAAGAUAAUGCGAUACCUUGGCCUUGUUGCCCCAGUUGGCUCUCCAUUUUGA